GUCGAAUUUGUCAAUCUCCGAGUAAAUUUUGCUCUUCCUGAUCGAUUUCGUCGUUCUCCAGAUCGACUUCUUCUUUUUCUUAGCUUCAGAUUUUUCGAAAUUGUGAUUCUGCCUCGAAAUUUCAGUUUGUGCUUCGCCUGGUUUCGAGGAAUUGCAGGAAUCUGAGGUUGAGGAAUUGACAGAAUCGGAUGGCCUUAGUUCAAGUGAAGCAAGUGUUCCGAGUGGGAUUGGUGCAGAAGGUGACACGCUAUGUAUCGCCUCCGCAGCCGUCGUCUUCGACAUCGUUCUUGUGGAAGUCGGAUUCGAUGAGCAGACAGAGGAGGAACGUGAUUCUGGCUCAGGUGGCGGAGUGCCGCAGCACUUUCUGCACGACCUCCUCCUCUGCUGAGGAAAGUAGCUCGACUGGUCUCGACUCUGGAUCUGCGGUUUCGGAGUCCAGUAGCGGAGGAGGCGCCGAGCCCGAUGUGCUCGACAGAACUUAUGGCCAGAAGCAGGAAGACCAUCAUCAGGUUGCGGAUCACUCGCACGAGCAUUUCUUGCAGAAGGACGAUGACGGGGAAGGUCUCGAGAGCACAGGAUUCGAUAUGUCGAAAGUGAGCAAGCCGUCCGGAGAUGAGUAACUUCUCGACGUAGCGAUCUCUGUGAUGUGACGAUUUCGAAGUAAAUUCUCUUGUUGAUCUGGACAUGCGACCCGAAAUUUCGGCUGAGUAGCGUCGUUCUUCCCGUCUGAGGUGCCAGACGAUUCUCUGUAGAAUACUCGUGAGCUGGAUUUCAUGAAUUGGCUCCUUCUGCAGCUCUGCCAGGGUGAAAGUCCUCCAUGGGGACGAAUAAACAGAUAUUAAAAUCUUCAUCCUCGCGCGUAUAUUGCAGUUACCACCAUGGACGAGAAAGUUAUGUGUCUCGAACGCGCUUUCGGAUUGUGGGCAUUCGAUCAACCGAUCGAUAGCAUCGAGCCCAAAAAGUGUAAUUAAUUGUUUCAAGAAGUAAAGCUCAAGGUACUUAAUG